CCGUGCCAAUGCGUCGUAUCGUCAUCAACAGCAUCACCAACGCCUCGCGCAACCCCUUUCCAUCUCCCGUUUUUCGAACCACCUUCGACAUGACACGAUGUCAACCGAGUCCUCGCGCCCACUCCUGCUACCGCAAAAUCGCAAACUUCGACAUCUACGCGGCAUUGCGCUAAGGAACGUCGCCUUCUCUCGACCCCGCGGGCGCACGAUCGAUGACGCUGCCCUAAACAUCCAGAGCCCUGCGAAGCUCGAGUCGCUGCGGAACACGCCCCAACUACACCAUGCCCUGUCGUCAGAAGACUUGCGCCCGCCGACCGCCCGACGGAGGAGCACCAAUGUGCCGAAUACCAGCCCCGCGACCCGUCAAAAGAAGUUUGAGGAUGCCUUCGAUAGCAAGCUGGCCGAUGCAUUCUUCUCGUUGCACGUCGAGGGAGAAAAAGAACCGAUCUACAUCAGCGAGGUGGAAGAACGCGCAACGAACUUCAACUUCCGUCUCUUCGAGCUUGCCGACCUCGACUCGGCCAUCACGCAAUCGCCUCAGGUGACGGUCAAAAUUUGGACAAAACGAAACGAUACAUGGACAGCAUUGCGGGAGGAUGAGGUUGACCUGCGGGCCCUCAAUUGGUUAGGUACGCUGCAGGACGUCCACUUUCCGCCAAACAGCAUAGUCUUCCAUCUAGUCGACGGCAUAUACUCGCUCGAACUAUCCGGCAAGCCCGCGCCGCCAAAGCACACCGCUCCGGCACCCACCUCGUCCUACAACGCGCUGAUGAGACUCGCAACGUUGGAUAACUCGGUUCAAGACGCGCUCGCCACCCGCGAGCUUCUCACACAACAGAUCAAUGACCUCCUGGAGCGCGAGGCAAAGAAUGAGGUGCCUGAAGCCGAGGACACACUCUCCUUGACAAACAAAUACCUGGCACAGCAGCGGCGGGCCGUGGCAUUGGCCACAAAGCGGAAUGAGGACUUGAAAACGUCCAUCGCAGCGCGCAAGGAAGCCAUCGCGCAAGGCCGCGCCGCCCAAGCCAAAGCGGCCAAGGACGUCGAACACGCCACCGACAAACUCACCGAAUCCCAAACCCUCCUCACCAAAACCCAAGCCGACAUCCGCGGCCAACGCCGCCGCAUCUGCGACGACCUCUCCCGCAUCUACAACAUCGCCCCAGUGCCCCUCGGCCCCCCACUCUCCUUCCAAAUCUGCGGCCUCCCCCUCCCCAACACAACCUACGACUCGGCCGCCAAAUCAUCCCCGACCCUCAGCGAGGACGCCCUCUCCGCCGCGCUCGGCCACGUCGCCCACCUGACCGACGCCCUGCAGUACUACCUCUCGGUGCCCCUCCCCUACGCCAUCCGCCCCUUCGGCUCCCGCUCCAGCAUCCGCGACGACAUCUCCCAGCUGCCCGACCCCCAGCGCGAGUUCCCGCUGUACGUGCCGCGCGGCGGCUCCGCCGCCCAUUUUCGGUUUGAUUAUGCCUGGUUCUUGUUGAAUAAGGAUGUCGAGGCGCUGUGUAGCUCGCAGGCGCUGAGGGUGGUGGAUAUUAGGCAUACGCUGCCGAACCUGAAGUAUUUGCUGUAUGUGUGCAGUGCGGGGAGCGAGGAGGUGCCGGAGCGGAAGAGGGGUGGCGUGAGGGGGUUGUGGGCGGGGAGGGUGAGGGGGGUGGGGGGUGCUGCGUUGGCGGAUGAUGCGAGUAGUCUGGGUGGUGGGGGUAGUCGGAGGGGGAGUGAUGCGAGUGAGGUGGCGGGGAGGCAGAGGGAGGAGUUGAGGCGGGCGGCUGUUGGUGGGGGUGGGAGGGAGGUUGGGAGUGGGCAUGGGAAUGGGAGUGCGGUGAAUGUGAAUGCGAAUGGGGGCCCGGGGCUGUUGCCAUUUGCCGAGGGGGAGAUGAAGUUGAGUUUGAGGACCAAGGGGAUGAGGGAGAGUGCGGCGCAAUGAGGCGGGUCUGUUCGCCAAUGUGCUGUUUGAACUUGAGGGUCUGCUUCAGCACAGCGAACUGAUUUCUAGCAACGCCUGUUUUGUUGGGCAAUAUUAGACGGAUAUCAGGCUACAAUGCCCCGUUUCUUGUUGCUCAACAAAUCUAAUUCAUAUGGCUAUGACUGCGUAGUGAGUGAUCCGCUUUAGACGAUAGAGUAUCCAAGCCCCUUUCAUGUCGCCCAGGAAUGUCACUAUCCAUGGAAUUGACCAAGUACAUACCUGGGUACCUAGGUAGAGGGGUUAUGUACCUCAGCAAGGGGGGGGCUUAUACCGAGGCUCU